GAACGAUGGAGGCGGAGCGGGUAAACGAGGUGAAGACGAAGACAGCGAUGGAGGCGGAAGCCCGGGAGGGGAAUUACGGCUAGAAGACAAGAGAAUAGAAGAAUAGACGCCUAGGCUUGGAAGGAACUGUUCGAUUAUGCUGUGUGUACUGGAUAGCUGGCUGGCUGCUGUGGAUGCUGCAGACGCUACAGUACACCGCGCGGGGAUGCGUAGAAUGUGUAGAUUCAUGGCGGCAAGUGAGAUGAGAUGAACAAGAGUAGUGAGUGAGUAAGAGAGCCGCUGGCGAGCAGGAUUAUAAUACUAUAAUGCACAUCUGCCCAUCCCUGCUUGCCCGCACCCCAUUCUUAUCAUCCCCCAUCCCUCCUUCCUUUUUAAGCCUGCUGUGUUCAUCUUGUUUCUCUUCUGCUUCUUCUUGCUUCCUCUGCCCAUACCCCCCGUGCCUCUGAACCUACUUUGCUGCGACUUGUGCGUGCUUUAUCUUAAGUAGAACGGGUGACUGCUUCUCCGUCUUCAGUAACAGUAGCUUUUUUAUGAACUUGUCUUGUGCUGUUCACGUUUGGUGUCCGUGAGUGUUGCGGAUAUCUUCCCUUUUGAGGGUUUGGUCUGCGUCGGAUCUGGAGGUCACGUUUUGAGCGAGAAAAGGUUGGUUUUGGUGGGUGCUAGGUCAAGGGGAACGAAGAGAGAGGGUUUUAGGGAAGCGCGACGGUGCCCGAUCUGGAACCUUGUGAUCUCUUUUGAUGGCUUGAGCUGUGGGUGGAAAGCCGGAAACAGGGUUUGAGUAGGAGUUGCUUAGGAUUUGCAGUGGAGAGUUGCGGAAUAAGCGUCAACAGGUGUGAGUUCACUCGUGAGAGUGCGUGCUGGCAUGCUCUGUCACAUGAGCACUGGAUGGUAGAACUAGAAUCGUCCAUGAUCUUCGCGUGCUCACUCCCGGUCUGCACUCCAUUCACUGGACCUUUGUUUUUGCCCCCUCAACGCGCGGAGACAUCAGAGCCUCACAACCCAUUAUCGAUCACUUGGAUCUAGUAGGGUCGAAUCUUGGAAAUGGAGACUGAAGAAGUCUAAAUGCAUGCGAUUUGCUGUUUGGGGUUUCGUUUUGAACUGGACUCAGAGUAACUUCAAUUACUUCAUCUUCUUGUGUGCUCCUUGUAUUAUUAAGCGCAUGCUCGGGUUAAUGUGAGCUGACUUACACGACUAGUGGUGAUAGUCUUCUUUUUGAGUCUUGCGUGUGGGAUGCGAAUGGCCAAAAUUUUGAGCCGCAGCAGACUGGGAUUUGUCAACUACGCGAGGAGAGCUAAGAAGAUGCGAGCUGGACAAUAGAUUGGCCGUUUCUGAGCGCUAUUCGUGCCGAGGGGUCGUGGAGUGUCUACUUCAGUAGUCAACCUUAAAGAUUCCUUGUGGCGUGAUUUCAGGGUUUCUUUUGCCUUUUAAAAUCGGUUGCUACCGCUAUAUUGUAGCGUGAUUCAGAUUGUGCGAAUAUGGAUGAGGCAACAGGAGCCUUGUGGGGUGCUUGUGACACACAGCCUAUACAACAUGUCGGGGUGUUCAAUAGUCCUGACAUCCCAGCCAGUUUGUUGCCUUAUCAUGCAGAGACACCGUUCCCCUGGGGAUCCGAACCAUGGGAUCUCCCAUCUCGGUCAGAUGACAUCACCUUGAUGUCUUCCUCUCUUGUUAACGAUGUCCCUGCCUACGAUUCUGUCAUGAACCUUCCCCGAGUGUCCGAAGAUGUACAUGACUUAGUUGGUGGAAAUUCCAAAUUUCGUCAAAAUGGGCAGUGGGGGCAGCCCGAGUUUACUUAUUCUGCCCAAGACCCCAUGCAAGAUCUCAUGAACAACCAGUUCAUACAGUACAAUUCACCUGUGCUAGCUUCAAACCAUCUCCCCCAGAAUUUCGCCACCUUGGAUUGCCCACAGGGAUUUAACAACAAAUCAUUUGGCACUAUAAAUCCCACAAUACACAACGGAGCGGUCCCGACCACUAAUGUACAGAAUUCUCAAUACAGGAGUCCAUUGAUGGUUCCAAAUUGUAAUCCCGUCACGAGCACAGAUGUUUCCAUAACUCAGUGUGGAGUUCCGAGUGUUCCAUCCCAAACAGCUCAGUAUGGGGGUUCGUCUAUGGUUUCUAACUCGAUGGAAAUGUUUGGUCAAGCUGCAACUCGGGGGAUAAUGAUCACAUCUGGAUUGGUUGGUGGGUGCAACCCAAACUUAGGUUUGAUGCAUCUUGCGAAACAACAACAUGCGCACUCUCUUCCUCCUAGCACCAAUAGAGAUGUAUCCACAUCUGAAGUGGGAUCGAGAAGCUCCGUUCCAAAUGUUGCUGGAGGAUCUUUUAAUUCGAGUCAGAAGGGCAGUGCAUCAGUGAUGAUGUCUUCACUUGCUGCUUCUUCUCACAUGCAUAAGAUGGACGCUGUAUCUGAGGAACCCAAGUUGGUUAGUUUUAACCCUGGUCCUUACGUUCCUGCGCAGAAACAGCAGCAAUCAGAACAGCAGGAUACGCUCUCGAACAGAAUAUGGGCGGACAAGACCAACCAAGGAAAGAUCAGUUCCUCGCCUAUUCCUAUUAUGGGGUUCGAACCAAGGCAACAACAAGCCAUGAGUAAGUCCUCCCCCGUUAGUAACCUGGGGUUUGAGCAUGGCAGGCAGGCAGCCAUGAGCAACUCCUCAUCUAUGAACAACAUGGGAUUCGAACAGCAGAUGCAGCAGCCGGCUAUGAGUAAUUCCUCUGUUACUAACUUGGGGUUUGAGCAGCAGAGGCAGCAGCAAGCUAUGAGCAGUUCCUCUCCUGUUACCAGUUUGGGAUUCGAUCCAAGGCUGAAACAACCCAUGGGUAGCUCUCCUUCCGUCACUAUCAUAGGGUUUGAUCAAAGACGGAAGCAACCCGUAAGUAGCUCUCCUUCUAAACCAAUCAUGGAGUUCGACCCAAGUCAAAAGCAGCCAUUAAGUAGCCCUUCUCCCCUUUCUAACAUGGUCUUUGAGCAAAGACAACUUCCCACCAUGGGUAGCUCUCCCCCGAUUUCUAUUUCAGGAUUUGAGUCAAGGCAACAACCAUCUGUCAGCAAUUCUCCACCCCUCUCCAACCUGGGGUUUGAGCAAAGGCAACAAUCAACUGUUAGCAACUCUCCACCCCUCUCCAACUUAGGGUUUGAGCAAAGGCAACACCAACCUAUGAGUAAUGCCUCCUCCAUCUCUAACAUGUCUUAUGAGCAACAAAGGAAUCAACCAGCGUUAUGUAAUGCUUCCCCCAUUUCGACCUUACCCUUUGAGCAACAAAGACAACAAUCAGUUAUGAGUAAUCCCAGAUCUGCUAAACCGGAUUCUGGUGAGUCUGUCACAAAGUGGCCCUUGCGGAUGGAUGGUGGCUUGGGUGGAUGCGUUGGCUUACCCGGGAAUCAGAAAGCUCCUGUCAUGAUGCAGCCUGAGACUGGAACUAUCAAGUGCCCUAUUCCGAGGAACAUGCCCGGCAGUGCUAAGAUCGGUCCAGCUGUACAGAACUCAAAUCCCGUUCUUAAGCGGCCUCUUACGGUUGACGACAAGAAAGACCAAGGUGGAUCGAUGAAUAAGAAGCCUAUGCAAAAAGCUUUGGGACCUCAAGGAUGCAGCAGGCUAGAAAGCAUCAGUGCUUUAGCUCAUCAAAAAGUGAGUCAGAGUGCAAGUGGUCGUGCACUAGGGCCUGCUCUGAACACCAACCUCAAGCCUCGUGCUCGUCAAGGGAGUGCCAAUGACCCACAGAGCAUUGCCGCUAGGGUUCGAAGAGAAAGGAUAAGUGAGCGGCUGAAAGUUUUGCAAGCCUUGAUACCUAAUGGUGAUAAGGUAGAUAUGGUGACCAUGCUGGAGAAGGCUAUCACCUACGUGCAGUGUCUGGAACUCCAGAUUAAGAUGUUAAAGAAUGAUUCUAUCUGGCCCAAGGCGCUUGGACCUCUACCAAACACUCUUCAAGAGCUUCUGGAGCUUGCUGGACCAGAAUUUUCUGGAACGGAAAGCAAGAAUGUAGAGGAGCCCCCAGCGAAGCCAAAGAAAUCAGCUCCUGACGUUAUUGAGUUCGACGGCAAUCAACCUUCUGCCGACAAAGAGUAGGAAAUACCAGUAGGAGUGUAUUAUGUCUACUUAUAUAAAUACUAUGUACGUAGUUGGUAAUAAGCAAAAGUUUUCAGGGGGGGUUUUAUGUGAGGUGAAAGCAGUGAAAUUACUGCUUUCUUUUCACGUAAGACCCCUAACCCUAGGUAGAGGUUGGACCUUGCUUUCAGUAGGUUAAUCCCUACUGCUUUUUUGGUGCGUUGGGUGGCUGACUUUGUAUUGAUUUUGAACCCAAGGUUUUGGUCCCGAAAAUGUGAAAGACUAGGGACUCCCCAUAAUCUGGACCUCACAAAUCCUAGUUUCAACUAGGCUCAAAAUUUUUCGGUGUGCGACGAGGCCUUGAAUCGUAUUGACUUAAGAAUACAUCCAAUGGACGCGAAAAUAAUCUAGACUUACCAGUUCUACUGCAUGUACUCUUGAUGCCGCGAAACAGGCAUCUGCACUCGAUCUACUUUUCUAAUUGAAUAGAAGUUGUACAACAACACUUGUGUUA